UGUAGCUGUGUCUGCUCCUUCUCUCUCUCCUCUUCUUUCCUCCAGCAGUCAGGGGGAGAGAAAAGCGGAUUGAGGAAAGAGUCCAUCUCUCGCAGCAGUUGUGUAUCUUUAAUAACACACCACAGUGGGCUGGGAAGGGAGGGGGUUUGCAUUUAAUGUGUGAUUGUGUUUGUGUGUAUGUGUGAGUGUGUAUGUGUGUGUGUGGGAUGGGGCUGCGCUUGUUUUGCUGCUGCUGCUACUGCUGCUAUUAUUUCUCUCUGUUUCCCCCUCUCUCCGUUCUAUUCCCUGAUCCUCCUGCAGAGGCUCCUGAUCCAGGUCUGAGUAGCUGCUUGGCGUCCAGUCCACGUCUUGGCUGAGUCCCCCUCGGCUUUUAAUCAUGCCCCUCUGUCUGUGUGUGAGUGCAGGCAGGCUGACAAUGAUUUCCUCAGUGAUUACGUACAGAGCGAGUCCCUGCGGGUUAGGGGCCCCCUCUGGAGCCAUCCUGAUGGCUUUGGGGGCCUUGCUUCUAUUUUCCAUUAUUAUGUGGACUACCGGAGCGACAGCGCAGUCCAAGACCUUGCAGGUUUGUGAUGAGGAGGGAGCACACAGCAGCAGCAGCGCACAUCUCCUUCUCUCUCCCCAAUCCAGGCGCAGACUUUUUUCUCUCCCAGCACAGACAAGGAGCACAUCCAGCUCCUUCCCAGCAACAUCCCGGGCAGCAGCAGCCAAACCAGAGACUCCCCGACCCCAAUAACUAGCAAAUAAACCCCCUAAAUAAUCAGCAGCACCCCCCUCCCUUACACACGAGCCCAAGCCAAAUAAUAAUCCUAAUAAGAAGAAAUAAACGCCUCCCCCGUGCAGGAGCAGCGCAGCUUUGCCUUUCUUACUUGUAGCGCCACAAUUGCUCCAUCUCAGCGCUAAAGCCUUUGCCUCGAGGAUUCUGUUUUUUUUUUUAUUUAUUAUUAUUUUCUAGUUUUCUACCGUCCCUUACAGACAAAUAGAUGUCGGUCAUGUCAUUUCAUAGCGAUCAUUUUGGCAUUUUCUAAAUAAAAAUGCAGAUUUCCAAGCUUCGGAAUCAGUUUUGAUAGCGGUUUUUUUUUUUCUGUAUAGAAUUUGAAGCGAGUUUUUUUUUUUUUUUUUUUGGCCACUGAAGAGGGCAGGCAGGGAGGCUGGAGGAAAAACAGAGAGAGCUCUUGCUGAGGGACCCUCCGUGUGUCUUGCCUUAGUUGGGAACGGGCUGACAUUGAACAACUUCAGCUGUUUGCGUUUAGGAUGUCUCGCCGCAAGCAAGCGAAGCCAAGAUCUCUGAAAGAUCCAAACUGCAAACUAGAAGAUAAAUCUGAGGAUGGAGAAUCGACAGAUUGCAAGAAGAGGCAGGAGGAAGGAGACGAGCUAGAAGAAGAAGCUGUUCACAGCUGUGACAGUUGCCUUCAGGUGUUUGAAUCUCUGAGCGAUAUCACCGAGCACAAAAUCAGUCAGUGUCAACUGACAGAUGGUGCAGAUGUAGAAGAUGAUCCAACUUGUUCGUGGCCUGCUUCAUCACCUUCUAGUAAAGAUCAAGCAUCACCAAGCCACGGAGAAGGGUUUGAUUUUGGGGAAGAAGAAGGUAUUCCUGGACUGCCUUACCCAUGCCAGUUCUGUGACAAAUCCUUUAGCCGCCUCAGCUACUUAAAGCAUCAUGAACAAAGCCACAGUGACAAACUACCUUUCAAGUGCACAUAUUGUAGUAGACUGUUUAAACAUAAACGAAGUAGGGACCGCCAUAUAAAACUGCACACAGGAGACAAAAAAUAUCACUGCAGUGAAUGUGAUGCAUCAUUCUCCAGAAGUGAUCAUCUUAAAAUUCAUUUGAAGACUCAUACAUCCAACAAGCCAUAUAAAUGUGCCAUUUGUAGGCGAGGUUUUCUAUCAUCUAGUUCUUUACAUGGUCACAUGCAAGUGCAUGAAAGAAACAAAGACUGCUCUCAGUCAGGGUCUAGAAUGGAAGAAUGGAAGAUGAAAGACACUCAAAAAUGCAGUCAGUGUGAGGAAGGUUUUGACUUCCCUGAAGAUCUCCAAAAGCAUAUAGCUGAAUGUCAUCCAGAAUGUUCUCCAAAUGAUGACCGGGCUGCCCUCCAGUGUAUGUAUUGCCAUGAAUUAUUUGUGGAAGAAACAUCGCUGCUGAACCACAUGGAGCAAAUACACAAUAGCGAAAAAAAGAAUUCUUGUAACAUUUGCUCUGAAAAUUUCCAUAGCAUUGAAGAGCUUUACAGCCAUAUGGAUAGCCAUCAGCAUCCAGAAUCUUGUAAUCCCAGUAACAGUCCAUCUUUAGUUACUGUUGGGUAUACAUCUGUUUCAAGCACCACCCCUGAUUCAAAUUUAUCUGUAGACAGUUCAAUCAUGGUAGAAGUUGCUCCCCCAUUAGCAAAAGGCCGUGGCAGGAAAAGGGCUGUUCAACAGACAGGUGAUGUCAAUGCACCGACAAAUAAACAGGCAAAAGUUUCAUACAGCUGUAUCUACUGCAGCAAGCAGCUCUUUUCUAGUUUGGCAGUUUUACAAAUCCAUCUUAAAACUAUGCAUUUAGAUAAACCAGAGCAAGCUCACAUCUGUCAGUAUUGUUUAGAAGUCUUACCUUCCCUCUACAAUCUGAAUGAACAUCUGAAACAGGUACACGAAACUCAGGAUCCAGCACUAAUUGUUUCUACUAUGCCCACCAUGGUGUAUCAGUGUAACUUUUGUUCUGAAAUAUUCAAUGAUAUAAAUAUGCUUCAGGACCACAUAAGAAGUUCACAUGGAUUUGCAAACCCCGUUGCUAAAGACAGUAAUGCCUUCUUUUGCCCCCACUGCUACAUGGGGUUCCUUACUGAUACAUCUUUAGAAGAGCACAUUCGGCAAGUUCAUUGUGAACUUAGCAAUUCUCGUUUUGGUUCCCCAGUGUUAGGAACUCCAAAAGAUCCAGUUGUUGAGGUUUAUUCGUGUUCAUACUGUACAAAUUCUCCUAUCUUUAACAGUGUUCUUAAACUAAACAAGCACAUCAAAGAGAAUCACAAAAAUAUUCCUUUGGCAUUAAAUUACAUUCAUAAUGGAAAAAAAUCUAGAGCUUUGAGUCCUUUGUCUCCUGUUACAUUGGAACAAUCUUCGCUAAAAAUGAUGCAGUCCUUAGGAGGCACUCCUUCAAGACCUGCAGGCGAAUAUAUCUGUAAUCAGUGUGGUGCCAAAUACACAUCCCUCGAUGGCUUUCAGACUCACUUAAAAACUCAUCUCGAUACAGUUUUGCCAAAGCUAACAUGUCCUCAGUGUAACAAAGAAUUUCCAAACCAAGAAUCCCUUUUAAAGCAUGUUACCAUUCACUUCAUGAUAACCUCUACAUAUUACAUCUGUGAAAGCUGUGACAAGCAGUUCACAUCAGUCGAUGACUUACAGAAGCAUUUGCUGGACAUGCACACAUUUGUGUUUUUUCGGUGCACACUGUGCCAAGAGGUGUUUGACUCUAAGGUCUCCAUUCAGCUUCAUUUGGCUGUGAAGCACAGUAAUGAAAAAAAAGUGUACCGUUGCACUUCCUGCAACUGGGACUUCCGAACAGAAACUGACUUGCAGCUCCAUGUGAAGCACAAUCACUUGGAAAACCAGGGAAAAAUCCACAAGUGCAUUUUCUGUGGUGAAUCUUUUGGCACUGAGGUAGAGCUGCAAUGUCACAUAACAACCCACAGCAAAAAGUACAAUUGUAAAUUCUGCAGCAAAGCUUUCCAUGCAAUUAUUUUACUGGAAAAACACUUGAGGGAAAAACACUGUGUUUUUGAAGCUAAAACUCAAAACUGUGGAACCAAUGGAGCUUCAGAGCAAAUUCAGAAAGAAGAAGUGGAGCUACAGACGUUACUCACAAACAAUCAAGAGUCCCAUCAUAGCCAUGAUGGCAGUGAAGAAGAUAUUGAUACGUCAGAGCCAAUGUAUGGCUGUGACAUAUGUGGAGCUGCCUAUACUAUGGAAUCCCUUCUGCAAAACCAUCAGCUCCGAGACCAUAAUAUCAGGCCUGGAGAGAGUGCAAUUGUUAAGAAGAAAGCUGAACUGAUUAAGGGGAACUUUAAAUGCAAUGUGUGUUCCCGUACAUUCUUUUCCGAAGGUGGAUUGCGAGAACACAUGCAAACUCAUUUGGGACCAGUAAAGCAUUACAUGUGCCCAAUUUGUGGAGAAAGAUUUCCUUCCCUUUUAACUCUUACUGAACACAAAGUCACCCACAGUAAGAGCUUGGACACAGGCAACUGCAGAAUUUGUAAAUUUCCUCUUCAAAGUGAGGAGGACUUCUUGGAGCACUGUCAGAUGCAUCCUGACCUGCGGAACUCCCUGACAGGAUUCCGUUGUGUGGUGUGCAUGCAGACUGUGACCUCAACUCUUGAGCUGAAAAUCCAUGGCACGUUUCAUAUGCAGAAAACUGGAACUGCUGUUCAAACUGCAGGUCGUGCACAGAACUUACAGAAAUUAUAUAAAUGUGCCUCGUGCCUGAAAGAGUUUCGCUCAAAACAGGAUCUUGUAAAGCUUGAUAUUAAUGGUCUACCCUAUGGCCUGUGUGCUAGCUGUGUUAAUCUUAGCAAAAGUGCUAGUCCAAAUACCAAUGUGACUUUAAGCGCUAACAGACAGGUUAUAAGCCAAACUGACAGCCUGACUUGCAUGGAAGGUAAAAAUAAUAAGACAUCUGUACUAAAGACACGAUGCUCUAGCUGCAAUGUUAAAUUUGAAUCAGAAAUUGAACUUCAAAAUCACAUUCAGACAAUCCACAGAGAGCUUGCAUCAGAAAACAGUACAGCACAACUGAAAACUCCACAAGUUUCUCCAAUGGCCAGGAUAAGUCCUUCUCAGUCCGAUGAGAAGAAAACAUACCAGUGCAUCAAGUGCCAGAUGGUUUUUUACAAUGAAUGGGAUAUCCAGGUUCAUGUUGCAAACCACAUGAUUGGAUGUUUCCUCUCACAGUGGAGACUGGCAUUAUGAUUAGAGCAGAAAUUCCACAAGAUACAUGGGUGUGUUUCCAACAGCUCCAGAUAACUGCCUCCUGAAAGAGAGAAGGCCACUCACUGUGCACAAUGAUGGAUCAUAUCGCUAUUUUGGACUCAUCUGUCUGACAAAUACAGUGAUUAAAAGAUAAACUGUAAAAUUGUUGGUAGAUAACUGCUGCAACUAUGCAUUUGAAUUGUCAGUUCUACAAGAACAGGCUGCUGCCUGUGCGUGAUAAAUUAUAAAUUAAUGUAAAGUGCUGAGUAAAUUAUGAUAAAUUAGGCUGUAUUUUUAAAUAUCUAUCUUCCUGUGCAAGCAACAUAUACUGUACAUGUAUUCUCUGUCUUGGGUUGAUAUUAGUAUAGUAUGAGAAAUCUGACAUUGCUUUAUUAUUUUCCUGAGGAUAAUGGUCUUCUCCAAAAAUCACUUUCCUCUGUAAAAAUGCCAUAAUUCACUGUGCAAAUCCCAAUACAUUCACUGAUAUGUUAUAUUUCUAGUCUUUUAUAGCAAUCUAUAGCAUCUGAUAACUAGACACCUGUUCAUACAGAAACAAAGGGCAUUUUUUGCUAAACACGUACAGACCUGUAUGAGCAUAAACUGAGAAGUGGGAAUGUCGAACGCAGCUCUACUUAACAAUGAAGCUGUGUCAUACAAGGAGAAGCUGAAUUACCAUUGUAAUGUUACAAUAAGCAGUGUGUUGCAUGUUUACAGCAAAAUAGCAAUAACAAAUAUGGCAAGACCUGCUACAGUUGCACUCUCUGUCCUGCACACCGACCCUGUUCUUUCCCCCUGUCAUUAUUCCUGAUACAGUCAUAUUAUAGGUCAUGAAUAACCUAUACAAUAUAUUAUUAUUAAAUAUGCUUAGUAAUGUCCCUUGCCUCCUUCAUACUUGUAUAUAAGUAAGUAGAAUAUAUGUGUCUGCUGUGUACAUGUUAAAUUCUUAUGUCCUAUCCAUGUACAAGGCAGUAAGGAAUUUUGAGGUUUUGCAUGAAGGCAUAGAACACUGCAGUGCCAUAAAGUGAUUAUAUAAGAACAAGAAGACUGUCUCACAUUAAUAAUUAUAUAUAUAUAUGUCAUUCUUUGCAGCAUUUCCUGCUUGUUUGACAAAUCCAGUCCAUGUCUAGUAAUGGGGUUGGGCUGAGCUGGCCCGUGUGGACUCCAUGGCUUUACAGCUGUGCAUUGGUAUGGAAACUAAUGACACCGAAAUGGAGCAGAAAUUGCCCUUGAGGGUAGCGCGGGAGCAGGCCAGAAAGCAAGCAUCAAUGAAACAAAUACAAAGGUAGUUACUGUAGCUAUUCUGACAGAGGAACAACUUGUGUGUAACAAAGUAUGUGAGGCACAACAUACAGCAUGGAUGAAAAUGUAGGCUUGAUUUAAUGCUAUUACUGUGUUAAAUGGUUAUUCUAACAGGGUUUACAGUUCCUUCAUAUUGUAUCCGCACUGCAAUAAAUUACGGUGUUCUCAUCUGUUCAGAAGAUCUGGCCUCAUUUUUCCACUUUAUAAGUGCAGUGCAAAGCCGCUAGUUUCUCCAGUGGCAACAGCUAUCUGUUUUCACAGCAGACACACACAUGCAUUAUAUUGCACUAGGGAGCGACAGCAUCCAGUCAAGAUAAUCCAUCAGUGCUUCACCCAUGGGGAAAGCAAUAAAAACAUGUAGGCCAGUUUAAUAAAGGCCAGAAGGGGUUUCUCACCCUAAAAGGACUAAUUAUGUUUGCUAGGCAAACAUGAGCUCAGACUUAUGCCAUUAAAAUACCAUACAAAACAGGCUAAUGCCUACCUGUACUUACCUGUAGUAGUGCCAGGCCAGUUUGUUGGAUUCACCAUCUGCACGGGAUCCCCCAUGUGACCCCUGUACAAAGUUUUUGCCUUGUCUUUUGUUGUUAACAAACUUGCAUCCCAAUACAUACUGUAUUAAGAGGCCCAUUUAUCACAGUUCAAAUUCAAGUGAUUUUUUUUUAUUUGAAUAUACUCAAAAUUGGGCUGGGAGGGUAUUUAAAAAAAAUGUAGAAUGUCUUAUAUUCAAUCGAAUGGUUUUGACCCGAAAAUUGGAAUCGUAUUUGAUUCGUAUUUGAUAUUUGUAUUCGAUUUUUCUCCCAAAAGGCUAUUAACAUCUCCAAAUGGCUAAAUGAUUUUUGAUUACUAAUGUGCGUUGCAUCUGAGGAUGGGGUUGGUCCCCGGAAGCUUGCGCUUCAAAUUUCUGCAAUAAAAUAAGAUAAAGGCAUUGCCAGAAAAAGGUGGUGUGCUUCUUCCCUACAAAGUCUAAACGUCCCUCUGCCAUUGACUUGUAAAUGAACUCAGCAGGUUUUAGGUGCCAAAUAUUCGGAUUAGGACUGUGUCCGAGGGGUGAUAAAUCUCACAUUCAAAUUUACAUUCAAAUUGGUAGAUUAAAAUAUGAAUGUGUGAAUUUUGAAAGUCGAAAAUUCGAAUUUAAAUUUACUAUUCCACCCUUGAUAAAUCUGCCCCCUUAUGUAAUAUAAAUUUAACUGAGCCUUUACAGGUCUGUGUUCUGUUAUUAGGUAUUAGGUGUCUGCACCUUGUACAACUGGUGCAUGAUUUGCCAGUUAAAUGCACACAUACAGAUGCUAAAUGUUGGUUGGGAGUCUAUACACUAGUAAGCAAGACUUCUGUCAACAUAUUAUUUAUUAACGCUGGACAAAUUUGCAAGCAAUCAGUGCUAGUGCUGGUAAAACGAUAAAAGUAACAACUUGAUUGGUUGCCGUGGAUUACUGCUCAGGUGCAUUGAUAAAGGAGCCCCAUAGUGUGUUGUGCUAAUGCUGACCCUAUUAGCAAGUGAAUGCCCACCUUCUCACUUCAUGGGUGCCAUUGCCCAAAGGAUUUAGCAUUUCAUGACUUUUGAAUGGUAGGCUAUCUCCUGAAAUAUUUAACGUUGGAAAACAAAUGGGCCAUCUUCUAAUUUUAUAAUUAGCUCUUUUGUCAUUGCAACACCUGGUAACCCACCAGCAUGUAUCACAACAUCUACAGAUUCAUAUUUUUCAUUUAAUGUUCGUGCUAGUAUUUAUUUGCGUUCAGCCUAUUUUGCAUAAACAUUUUGCAAAUGAAGUAAAACACUUAAGAACGAGCACCACAAUGACAAGCUGUAUGUUCUCCAUUUAUUUAGGCAUUCAGUGCUUAAGCUUGCCAUCAUUGCCCACAUUAGCAAUGGCAUUCUGAGUGCCAAUAAUAUUUAUGUGAAUAUUUAUAAUUUUAUGCAUCUGUGGAGCAUGUCUAAUUUUGUGUAAUUAAAGCCAGGAUUCAGUACAAAGGUUUUCCGCAUUCAAGAUGAGCUCUACUGUAUUGUGUGGUUUAUUUGUCGAAUCACGUUUGCAAAAUGUUUUACAGCCUGUUUUUUUUGUUAGUCUUUGUUUGUAUGGUGGGUACUAAUAAACACUCCGCUCAUUGGAAACAUAAAGCCACUACAGAGGUAUAUCCUAAAAGAUUACAUUUCUAGUGGAUCAGCUGUGAACUGUUAUCAAACACACAAUGCUAUGACCAACAAAGAGAACAUUACAUUCCAAAAGCAAUACUAAAAAAACAUAGUCACGGCUGAUAUCUUAAUUCAGUGGCCAGAUUCCUGUCACUGGACAUACUGUAUAUGCCUCAGGUCAGGAGUGGGAGGAAUUGGUUAGGUGCUAACUGCCAGGCCUGUUACUAGAUAUAACUGGGCCCCACAGCAAUUUUUUUUCAGGCCCCCAAAAUGUCUAGGGAUUUAUCUAUAUUUAGUGAACUUGUAUAUGAAUAAGGACCUCGCAGGGUCUGCCUUCUCUGUAGUUAUGCCCCUAAGCCAGGCUAUGGGAAACAGUAGAAAUGUGUACAGGUAUGAAACUUCUUAUCUAGAAUGCUCUCAUUCAGUUUUCCAGAUAGCAGAACUUUCCAUAAUUUGGAUCUUCAGACCUUAAAGCUGGCCAUAGACGCAAAGAUCCUAUCGUACGAAUC